AUGCAAUCCCCAACCGAAUGUUUCACAUUCCGCAUCUCCGACGAAAGAUCACUUGAGGACCUUAACAGCAAGCAACCAAGCAACAAACUAACCCCAGAGAUUCCGACGAGAAGAUGGAAGGAGAGUGCCUCUGCAAAGCUGUCGCCGUCAAGGUCAACGACGACAACCUCUUUGGCGAACAGCGCCGGGGUCACUUUUGUCACUGCGCCAAUUGUCGCAAGGUUGCUGGUGGCAUGUGAGUGGUCGAUCCCCAGGUUCUACCUGACCCUACGUCAUGAACUAGCCAUGUCUCUUUAUGAUAUGGAUGUGCCUAACACCAACUCGAGGAGAUGUACCACGUUACUGACCGAGUCCUGGGGUUAUGGGAUCAACAGCUUCGGCGCCAACCUGACCAUCGAGGAAGAAAAGGUCGAGUUCCCCAAGGGCAAAGGCAAUCUCAAGAUGUACACUGAUCCGGACACACUCAGCGGGACCCCGUUGCAACGGUAUUUCUGCCAGACGUGCGGCGUGCCCAUCAUGAGUGUCACGCCGCUGUACAAGGGCAAGGUGGUUCUGAAAUUAGGACUGUACCCCAAACUCCCCGUCCCGGAAUGGGAAUCAUUCGCCUCUCAGCGGCAGAGCUGGGAGAAGCCGCUCGAGGGCGCCGUCCAAUACAAGACCAAGAGCUUUGGAGAAAAGAUGCCCGGGUCGAUUUAA